AUGGUUUCAAAGCUAAUGGAGAGGUUCAAUGGAGCAAGUGCUGAAAAUUUACCAAUCGAUGGGGCAUUGAUAAAAAUGAAAGCAUAUACGAUAUCAGGAAAACUUGGGCUAACAGAAUUCAAAGCUUUGAAUGGUUGGCUGGAUAGAUUAAAAAAACGCUAUGGGAUAACUUGCAUGGCAGUAUGUGGAAAGAGUGUUGCAGUUAGUGACGAAAGUGUUGAACACUGGGUAGAAGAGAUGCUGCCACCCCUCGUGGAAAGUUUUGAAUGUUGGGAUGUGUUCAAAGUGGAUGAAACAGGCCUGUUUACCAACUCAUGGCCCCUAAAACCUUAA